AUGCGUCUGGCUUAUAUCCGCAACAUAAAGCCUAUGUAUUGCACUCCCGAAUGCAUCCAGAAGGACAUUGAUUCUGCCACUAGAGAGAAUAAACCACAGCCCACAGGGUACCCAGAGAAAGACACUGAGGUGGAACAUUCUCCUUCGCCACCACCACCAUCACCACACACUGGCAAAGACUCCGAUAAUGACACAGAACCCAUUUAUUCCGAGGACUACCUCUCUGAGCAGGACCACAGCAGGGAUGAGUGUUCUUCCCCACCACACACCUGCAGGGAUGGUGACUCCAAUCCCAUGAGCCCUGCAGACUAUAACCACCGUGACAUGGAGGUGGUCAGUGAGGAGGUUGGUGUCUCUGAGACUUUUGCCCUGCAGACUUUAACCACCGUGACAUGGAGGAGGGUCAGUGAGGAGGUUGCUGUCUCUGAGACUUUUGCUACGCCGCGCCCCACGCUGCGUCUCAAGCUACGCCGCGCCCCACGCUGCGUCUCAAACCGACGCUGCGCCUCAAGCUACGCCGCCCACGCCGCGUCGCAAACCGACGCUGCGUCUCAAGCUACGCCGCGCCCACGCUGCGUCCCUAACGCCGCAGUUGCGCCUCACCGACGCCGCGCCUCAAGCUACGCCGCGCCCCACGCUGCGGCUCAAGCUACGCCGCGCCCCACGCUGCGUCUCAAGCUACGCCGCGCCCCACGCUGCGUCUCAAAAAGACGCUGCACGCUGCGCCCCACGCUGCGUCUCAAGCUACGCCGCGCCCCACGCUGCGUCUCAAGCUACGCCGCACCCCACGCUGCGUCGCAAACCGACGCUGCGUCGCAAACCGACGCUGCGUCUCAAGCUACGCCGCGCCCCACGCUGCGUCUCAAACCGACGCUGCGCCUCAAGCCACGCCGCGCCCCACGCUGCGUCGCAAACCGACGCUGCGUCUCAAGCUACGUCGCGCCCCACGCUGCGUCUCAAGACGCCGCUGCGUCCCUAACGCCGCAGUUGCGCCUCACCAACGCUGCGCCUCAAGCUACGCCGCGCCCCACGCUGCGUCUCAAGCUACGCCGCGCCCCACGCUGCGUCUCAAGCUACGCCGCGCCCCACGCUGCGUCUCAAGCUACGCCGCGCCCCACGCUGCGUCUCAAGCUACGCCGCGCCCCACGCUGCGUCUCAAACCGACGCUGCGCCUCAAGCUACGCCGCGCCCCACGCCGCGUCGCAAACCGACGCUGCGUCUCAAGCUACGCCGCGCCCACGCUGCGUCCCUAACGCCGCAGUUGCGCCUCACCGACGCCGCGCCUCAAGCUACGCCGCGCCCCACGCUGCGGCUCAAGCUACGCCGCGCCCCACGCUGCGUCUCAAGCUACGCCGCGCCCCACGCUGCGUCUCAAACCGACGCUGCGCCUCAAGCUACGCCGCGCCCCACGCUGCGUCUCAAGCUACGCCGCGCCCCACGCUGCGUCUCAAGCUACGCCGCGCCCCACGCUGCGUCGCAAACCGACGCUGCGUCGCAAACCGACGCUGCGUCUCAAGCUACGCCGCGCCCCACGCUGCGUCUCAAACCGACGCUGCGCCUCAAGCCACGCCGCGCCCCACGCUGCGUCGCAAACCGACGCUGCGUCUCAAGCUACGUCGCGCCCACGCUGCGUCUCAAGACGCCGCUGCGUCCCUAACGCCGCAGUUGCGCCUCACCGACGCUGCGCCUCAAGCUACGCCGCGCCCCACGCUGCGUCUCAAGCUACGCCGCGCCCCACGCUGCGUCUCAAGCACCAACGCUGCGCCUCAAGGCACUACAACAGGUAGAAACGACGGACCGGACGGUGACCGAAACACCAAGAGGACUGCGUGCUUCGACUUGUUUUCUCUUCUACCCGAAGCUGAAAACACACACCCAUCCUUGAGCCUUUAUCUUUCGAUAUCUAAUGGUGAAAGGAAUUCAAUACUUAUACAAAUUCAGAGAUUUCCAUCAUUUUUCAAACCCAUCCUUGCACUUUUUGUUCACUUCCUCAUUUACAUCUACUUUUGA